AUGCUCGGAAGCACCUGCCUGCUGCUGCUCCUGCUCACUCGGGACGUCUCAUCACGGCACGUCGCCAUCGUGACAGGCGGCACGCGCGGUAUCGGCCGUGGCAUCUCCGAGUCCCUUGCACGUGACGGCUUCGAUCUCCUCUGCACGUACAACACAAAUGCAGAGGCGGCGGCAGCAGCGGCAGAGGAGCUGCGGACCACCCACGGCGUCCGUGUCGAAUGUGUCGGCGGCGACAUCGCUCAGGGCUGCGAGCUCGGCGCGGUGGUCCACAACGCGGGGCAGUACGUCGGCAUCACCUCGGACAACGCCGACGGGCUGACGGCGGGCAUGCUCGGCUUUGGUGACGGGUCAAUGCUGUCUGCCGACGGCGGCUCCACCAACCUCGCGACGAUGCGCUACUACCAGAGGCUGUACGGCGAUGCGUACAUCGACCUGAUGGAGCGAGGGCUCAGGCGUAUGGGCACCUCGGGUGGGUCCCUGAUCGGCAUCUCGUCGCCCGGCUGCAGCACGCAGUACAACGCGAACCUCGGCUACGACAUGCCCGGUAGCGGAAAGUGCGUCAUGGAGUACGCGAUGCGGCUGUUUGCCCUCCGAUGUGCCGGCCGCUCCGUCAACUGUAACGUCGUCAUUCCUGGCGUGACUGUGACCGACGCGUGGGGCAGGCUUGCAGCCACGCGCGGUGCCAGCAAGGACGACCUCAUCGAGGGCAUCGCGGGGCGACUGUCGCCGAUGGGGUCGAUGACGCCGCGGCAGCUUGGCGACGCGGUCGCCUUCCUCUGCUCCCCGCGGGGCCGCCUCAUCACCGGCGUCUCUCUGCCGGUCGACGGUGGCGUCCACCUCAAGUCGUGA